GGCUCCGUGUGUUUGUGGCCCUGGAUCGGGAGGUAUCCGAAAAUUUGACCGACUUUGAAUUUGUGCAGGAAGUUCCCCUUCGUAUUCGUGCUUGAUUGCGGCGUCUGGCGUAAUAUUCUUUUGUGGGUCGCAAUCUAGCGAGCCAAAAUCUGUCGAAGACGGACUCGGGACGGGGUUGUUUGAAGAAUUGGGGCAGGAAGCGGGAGCGGAACAAAGAUUGAUGAUGCGCGGAGCGGGGAAUAUGCAGGGGCGAGGGAUUUGUCUGUUGGGUUCUUUGUGAGUUUCUCGUCUGCGCGAUAGGGUCGGUGAUGAAGUAGCCUGGAGGAGAAAAUUUGGUUUCGAGAGGUCGCGGCAUCGAUUUAGAGGCUUUUGAGAAGCUGGGGUUGGGAACAGAGGGGUGAGGGUUCUCGCUUGGUUUCUGGAGUCCAGGAAUUGAAGGGAUUUUUUUGUUUUACUGGUUGGAAGAAGCCAAAUCGCGCGCGACCGAGUGUAUCUGCAAGAAGGUGAAGUAGUUGAAGUCUGAUACGAUGUCAUCGCAAAGGUCGGCAGCGGUGGCGCGCCGGCUGCGUCGCAAUAUCCAGGAGGUUUUGACGAAUCAGGUUACUUCUAGCGCCCAAGGGCACAGGAAUGUCAAUAGCUUGGGGCACAACAAGGCAUUCUUAUCUUCAGGCAGUGUAGGGCAAAAUGCAUCUAGAAGAUGGCUUCAAAGCCUUGGAUUGUUGAGACCAGGAACUGCCGAUGGGGCAGUUACUAGAAAAGCGUUUGAUAGGUUUGGCACCUCUCGACGAGGCAUUCAUGAAAUUGCAAGAAGAGUUGGAAGCGGUAGUGCUCGAAGGGUUUUGCUUCAGAACAUUGGAAGCAAGAGAGCGUUUUGUUCUGAAACCCCUAAGAAGAAAGGUUUCGAGAAUUAUUAUCCAAAGAACAGAAAGGAUCUUCCCAAAGGUCGGAAUGAGCAGAAGUCCGAGCGGAAAGGAGAGCAUGAUUCGAAGCAAGAAGGCGAUAAGUAUUUCACAGAGACCUCUAAGUCGCAAAUGCAGUCCCUUAUCGCCACUGGUGCUGCAACAGUGGCCAUUCUUACCACUCUUUCUAUGGGCCGUAGUGAUGCUCAGCAGCAGAUUAGCUUUCAGGAGUUUAAGAACAAAUUGCUGGAACCAGGCCUAGUUGACAGAAUUGAGGUCGCCAACAAAAGCCUGGCUAAAGUCUACGUGUAUACAGGUUCACAGCAGGGUGCUGAAGCAAGAGUAAAUAAAGGUGGUAACAUUGAUGGAAAUAUGGAUGACGUGCAGACUGAUUCGCGACCACAACCUGGGCACUCGAACUCUGUGUAUAAGUAUUACUUCAACAUUGGAAGUAUUGACUCAUUUGAGCGUAAGCUAGAAGAUGCACAGGAUGCGUUAAACGCUGAUCCUCGUGAUUACAUUCCUGUUACAUACGUGUCAGAGAUGAGCUGGCAACAGGAGCUUUUGCGUUUGGCUCCUACUAUAUUGUUAAUAGCUGGCUAUAUCUAUUUCUCACGGCGUAUGCAAGGCGGUUUUGGAGUGGGUGGAGGAGGUGGUGGUAUGGGUGGGCGUGGAAUAUUCAAUGUUGGAAAAGCCCAAGUGACUAAGCUCAGCAAGAAACAGAAGGAUAAGGUUAUGUUCAAAGAUGUUGCCGGUUGUGACGAGGCAAAACAAGAGAUUAUGGAGUUCGUUCACUUUUUGAAGAACCCCAAGAAGUACCAAGAACUUGGUGCUAAAAUUCCAAAGGGAGCUCUUUUGGUUGGUCCACCUGGUACUGGAAAGACUUUGUUGGCGAAGGCAACGGCCGGAGAAGCUGGAGUACCAUUUCUUUCAAUCAGUGGAUCGGAUUUCAUGGAGAUGUUUGUAGGGGUCGGUCCUUCUCGAGUCCGUGAUUUGUUUGCUCAAGCAAGACAGUCUAGUCCUAGCAUCAUUUUCAUAGAUGAGAUCGAUGCAAUUGGACGUGCUCGAGGACGAGGCGGGUUUGCAGGAGCCAAUGAUGAGCGUGAAAGUACCCUUAACCAGCUUCUAGUUGAAAUGGAUGGUUUUGGCACAACUACUGGUGUCGUAGUUCUCGCAGGAACGAACAGACCUGACAUUUUAGAUAAGGCUUUGUUGCGUCCUGGACGAUUUGAUCGACAAAUUUCGAUCGAUCGACCUGACAUUAAUGGGAGAGAGCAGAUUUUCCGGAUAUACCUUGAGAAGCUAAAACUGGAUCAAGAUCCUAUUUAUUAUUCUCAACGGAUGGCAGCAUUAACCCCUGGGUUUGCAGGUGCUGAUAUUGCAAAUGUCUGUAAUGAAGCUGCACUGAUUUGUGCUAGAAACGAAAAAUCAGUGAUUACCAUGGACCAUUUUGAAGCUGCUAUUGAUAGGAUCAUUGGUGGCCUAGAGAAAAAGAAGCGGGUAAUUAGCAAGGAAGAAAGGAGAACAGUGGCAUAUCAUGAAGCUGGCCAUGCUGUCUCGGGCUGGUUUUUAGAGCAUGCUGAGCCAUUGCUUAAAGUGUCAAUUGUACCACGUGGUACUGCUGCUUUAGGUUUUGCUCAAUAUUUACCGAACGAGAAUCUGCUCAUGACAAAGGAGCAACUUUUGGAUAUGACAUGUAUGACACUUGGAGGUCGUGCUGCGGAGCAGGUAUUGAUAGGCAAAAUAUCGACAGGGGCGCAGAAUGAUUUAGAGAAAGUGACGAAAAUGACAUACGCCCAAGUCGCAGUUUAUGGGUUUAGUGAUAAAGUUGGUCUCCUCUCGUUUCCACCUAAGGACGACGGGUUUGAAAUGUCAAAGCCUUAUAGCAAUGAAACAGGCGAAAUCAUUGACCAGGAGGUCCGAGACUGGGUGGCCUCGGCGUAUGCUAGAACACUGGCCUUAAUCACAGAGCACAAAGCAGGUGUUGAAGCUCUUGCCCUCAAGCUUUUGGAGAAGGAGGUAUUGCAUCAGGAAGAUCUAGUGGCCAUUUUGGGUGAAAGGCCAUUCAAAAAUGCAGAGCUUUCAAAUUAUGACAAAUUUAAGCUUGGUUUUGCACCUUCUCGAGAAGACCAGGCUAAGCUAGGCUCAUCGCAGCCGUCUGAGGAUGGCAUUUCCCCGGAGCAACCGUCAUCAACUCCUCCAACCCCUUCAGGUUUAGAUGGGUCCCAGCCUGUUCCCGCUAUACUGUGAAGAAAAUACUUAACAAGAGCUGUAGUUCAUAUAAACUUACAAUGCGACUGGCCCGUUCAGCAAUUGUAGGGUUUAGAGAUUUUAGGUCUGAUAAGUGUCUCUCAACGUUGAAGGUAGUGAAUAUCAUGCUGCAUGAAGCUCCUAAUUGCACAGUAUCCUUCUGUUGGACCUUGUUGCUCGAUUUCGAAGGUGGAGGAAGGGUGUAUUUUGCUAGAAGCCUUCCUGAUGCCCACCAGAUUUAUUUCUCAUGCUCUGCCAUUCUGUAGAGCCUUUUAUGGACUUCAUACAUUUAGGGUUAGUCGUUGGAUCAAGAUCUCUCGAAAUCAGAAAUUAUUUAUCUGCUUGGCUUGCUCAUCUGGAUAGCUUGACAGAUGUAAUCUGUGACGAGAAAGCUUGUAGAUUAGCUCAAGUUUAUGUUAGGGGUUAGGGAUUCGAAGCAUUUGAGCCUCAUACGGUAGGUCUUGCUGAUAAUACUUGAAAAUCCUGUUAGAAUAUUAAGCUUUUUUAGAGCUUUUUUCGUAACCAUGUUUAAGAACUGGAAUGAGGAGCUUUGUUCAAUGCAAGCGAACGGAGUUUGUCCUCAACGUUUCCAGCGGUUCUGCAACAGCGAGUACGCGGUGACCCUGUGUUGAUUAUAAUCAAUGAUGCACUGGUUAGAGUCCUGCA